CGGGCGUAUCAUCACCGGAAACGUCCGUCGCCGAGCACUUUCCUUCCUUUUUCCGCGUGGAGCGAAACAUAGAUGGCAUCGCGUAAGGAGUCCAGCUCAGUAUCCAGCACAGCGAUGGCUUCUACUAGCGGCACUUUGGACUCUCCCGUAAAGCAGAUCCAGAUUGAGGGACUGGUGGUGCUGAAGAUUAUCAAGCACUACCAAGAAGAGGGCCAGGGCAGUGAGGUGGUUCAGGGCGUCCUGCUGGGCCUGGUAGUCGACGACCGACUUGAGAUCACCAACUGCUUCCCUUUCCCCCAGCACACAGAGGAUGAUGCUGACUUUGAUGAAGUCCAGUACCAGAUGGAGAUGAUGCGUUCUCUGCGUCACGUCAACAUUGACCAUCUGCAUGUGGGCUGGUACCAGUCCACCUACUAUGGCUCCUUUGUCAGCCGAGCGCUGCUCGACUCUCAGUUCAGCUACCAGCAUGCCAUUGAGGAGUCAGUAGUACUCAUAUAUGAUCCUAUAAAGACGGCUCAAGGCUCCCUGUCUCUCAAAGCCUACAGGCUUACCCCAAAACUCAUGGAGAUCUGCAAAGAGAAAGAUUUCACACCUGAGGGCUUGAAGAAGGCCAACAUUGGCUUUGAACAAAUGUUUGAGGAGGUGCCCAUCGUCAUCAAAAACUCCCAUCUUAUCAGUGUACUAAUGUGGGAGCUGGAGGACAAGUCCACGGUCGCCGACAAGCACGAACUGCUAAACCUCUCAAGCAGCAACCACUUGGAGAAGAGCCUUCAGCUCCUGAUGGACAGAGUGGAUGACAUGAGCCAAGACAUUGUCAAAUAUAACACCUACAGCCGCAACCUGAGCAAGCAGCAGCAGCAGAAGCACCAGUACCUCCAGAGGCGGCAGCAAGAGAACGCCCAGCGCCAGAGCAGAGGGGAGCCCCCGCUGCCUGAAGAGGACAUCAGCAAACUAUUCAAGCCCCCCCAGCCGCCACCACGCAUGGACACGCUGCUCAUUGCAGGGCAAAUUAACAACUACUGCCAGAAUGUGAAGGAAUUCACCUCGCAGAACCUCGGGAAGCUGUUCAUGGCGGAGGCUCUCCAAGGCCACAACUAGAGGAGAGACAGAAGGAGCAAGAGAGAUGCAAACCCACCUUAAUGAUGCCCACAGGAGCAGCCUUCAUUUUCAUUUUUUAUUUUUUUUCCUCUGAAUUUAUUUGUUGUUUUUUUUAUGUCUAGAACCACCCCAGACACAGAAUUAACUUUGAACACUUGGUUUUGAUUUAAAUAAAAACUCUUGCAUCUCAA